AUGCCUCAGAACGAUUACAUUGAAGAGCACAUUCGUCGACACGGUCGCAGGCUCGAUCAUGAGGAGCGUCAGAGGAAGCGCGCCGCCCGAGAGGUACACAAAGCCUCGGCCGUGGCGCAAAAGGUGACGGGUCUCAAGGCCAAGAUGCUCAACAAGAAGCGUCGCAACGAAAAGAUCCAGAUGAAAAAGACGCUGAAAGCACACGAGGAGCGAGACGUCAAGCAGGCAUCCACCUCUUCUGAUCCCAACCAGGCGCUUCCCACGUAUUUGCUGGAUCGUGAAGGUCAGAAGGACGCAAAGGCGCUCUCAUCUGCAGUCAAGGAGAGGAGAAAGGACAAGGCGGCAAGAUACUCGGUGCCUUUGCCACAGGUGCGUGGUAUCGCCGAGGACGAGGCAUUCAAGGUCAUCAAGACAGGAAAGCGCAAGCAGAAGGGAUGGAAGCGAAUGGUUACCAAGCCUACCUUUGUCGGUGAGAGUUUCACCCGAAAGCCACCCAAGCUUGAGCGUUUUAUUCGACCUAUGGGUUUGCGAUACAACAAGGCGCACGUCACACAUCCCGAGCUCAAAGCUUCCUUCAACCUGCCCAUCGUCGGUGUCAAGAAAAACCCGCAGAGUCCCCUCUACACUCAACUCGGCGUAUUGACAAAGGGUACCAUCAUCGAAGUCAAUGUUUCCGAGCUCGGAAUGACGACUACCACUGGCAAAGUCGUCUGGGGUAAAUACGCUCAGGUGACCAACAAUCCAGAGAACGACGGCUGCGUCAACGCGGUCCUCCUUCUCUCGUCCUGA